GAAAACCACUUUCCAGACAUCACCCGCCCGAACAGAACACAGCUCUCCAAAAGAAAUCCCCAAAUCGAAACGCGUCUUGUCGCCAUGGUCGCCGCCGCAACCAUUGCCGGCGAGGCGACCCCGCCUCCAGACCCUCCUCCCUCCCGCAUAUCCUUGCGGACUUCCGCCUCAUCGUCCCGACGCCGCUGCGCCCUUUCGAGCCGAUUCUGCGAACCCGCGAGCCCGCGGCGCCACGCGUGGGUCUCCCUCCAGGGCCGCCUUGUCGGCGCUGAGGAUGCGGCGUCCGCCGACGUGGCCGCACCGGGCCUCUCCCCAGAGGAGGCGAUGGCUUGGGAGCUCUUCAGCCCGCUCCACCGAGUUCUCCUCGUCGCCACCGUAGCUGCCGCCUCCUCCCGCUCCCACGAUGCCCGCCGCAUCGAGCAACUCCAGCGGUCGAUUCAUAUUAGGGAUGAGGUGCUGCAAAGUAUGCAGCAGAAGUUGGAUGAUCUGUUCGCUGAGAUGAACUCCCUGCAACAGCAAUAUAUCAAGUGCGACAGUUUCAUUUCCACGGAGAGGGAAAAUAUUGAGUUGGUAAGCAGCAAGAGCAAGGAGCUAGGGGAUGAGGAGGGAGCUAGAUGCUGCACGUGCGCACUACCUGAAAUUGCGGCUACUCCUCACAAAACAAAGGAUCUCUGUGGAAAGGAUGAUGCAAAUAGUGAUGAAGUUGGUAGGUCUAGUGUAAGUCUCGUGGACCACGAGGAGCGUCGUAUGUCAGACCUCUCAGACUUUUGUUGGAGUGUCGUGUCUUCAGUGGAUAAUCAUGUAAACGGGGACAAUCAGUUAAGUUCCCUAGCGGCAGAACAAGAGCUGUAUAACCUACAGAAGGAAUGUGAAGAGAAGGAUGCAGCCAUAAAGAAACUGACUGCAGCGGCACAUGCAUCUAGUAGCGCUGAUGCCAAGAGAAUUGCAGAGUUGCAGGAUACUCUUAGACGGAAAAACAUGAUGAUAUCUAAACUAAAGAAAGACAUGUCAGCUCUGAAGCAGAUGGUUGUUGAACUAGCAAGGGCUAAAAGAGCAUCUUCUGCCAACUUAAAUAAAGUCUGCUCUGAACUGCCAGUGAUGUCCAAUAAUGUUUUAUAUGAUAUGAGCAGCACUAGCUCAUCUUCAUCAGAUUCCGAUUCUCCUAUAGCACGGAGAGAGUAUCUUAAUGUACAUCUUGUCAAUGACACUCCAGGUGAUUGUGAAUCCAAAGUAAGCUCUAGAGUGCCAGUGCGAAAAACAUCUCUUCCUCCAACAAAAUCAUCAGCCUGCAACCUGCGCUCAAUUAGCCCAUUGAAAGAGAAAAGCUUAAACCCGAAAGUAGAGAGAGGUUCAGUUGGUAGACAGAAGCAACUUAUAUCCUCUAAUGGAGAUUUUAAAAAGACUAGACGGCAAAGUCACCAAGACUUGAGUAAAGCAACAAAGAGAUGGAUGUAGACUCUGGACUGUAAGAAGAUCUGGAAGAAACGAAAUUGGUUGCUGAUGUUCAUCCAUGGAUGUUCUGUGAAAGUGAUGCUUCCUGGCUCCUGCUGUCAUCUUGUAAAAAACUGUAUGCAUGCAAGUUGGUACAUACUUUAGUUAUGUCUGUCAUGAAAAUGAAACCCAAUCAAUCCAUGGUAUUUAGGUUCGCCAUUGGUAUCUGCUCCGUUGUAAAAUAGUAUGUCAUUUGGAUCUAAACAGUCUGCGUCUCCCUGGUCUUGAAUCUAUUGUUUAUAUUAAAUUACCGGGUUAGUUUAUCUGAUGGAAUCUUGGAGUUCA